AUGAAAACAAAGUUUGAGAUUGAAGGAUCCAAAGCAAAGGGUAUUUGCUUUCACAACAAACGCCCUUGGGUACUUGUUUCAUUCUUUUCGGGCAAUAUUGCAAUAUAUGAUUACGAAAAUGGCAUAGAAAUACAACGUUAUAAAGAUUAUUUCGGUCCUGUAAGAGCAGUUGACUUUCAUACAACAGAUACUUUAUUUGCAUCUGGUGGUGAUGACGGAUGCGUUAGAGUUUAUGAUUUUAUCAAAGGAUAUUGCAUCACAAGAUUUGAUGACCACAAAGAUUACAUAAGAUCAGUCCAAUUCCACAGUAAAUUACCUUUACUAGUUUCAUCAUCAGAUGAUCAAACAGUUAAAAUAUUCAAUUACAAAAGCAAAACAUUAUUAUAUUCAAUUCCAGCACAUGACAUGAUUGUAAUGACCGCAUCAUUCCAUCCAUCAAAGCCAUACAUAGUCACAGGCUCAUACGACGAAAAAAUCAUGGUCUGGAAUAUUUCUGGAUUAGAAUCUAAAUACAACAAACCAAAAGAAAUAAAUUUCCUCGAUGUACUUCCAAAAGCCCAAAAACAAGAUAACGGAUGUGCUAUUACAAUGGCUUCCUGGCAUCCCACACAAGAUAAAAUCAUUAUUUCUACAACAGAUAACAAAUUAAUGUUAAUGAACGAAAAACUAGACGAAAUUGCAACAGUUCAUGCACACACUUCUACUAUAUCAGCAGCAAAAUUCAUGCCGCAACUCGAAAUAAUUGUUUCUUGUUCAGAAGACGGAACAAUUAAAUUAUUAAAACAAGAUUCAGUCAGAACAAUCGAUACUUACACAAAUCCAACAAAGUUUUGGUCAAUAUCAGUUCAUCCAUACCUUCCUUUAAUUGCUGCUUCUUCAAAUGACGGAUUUAAAGUUUUGAAAAUUUGUAAGAACCGUCCUGCAAGUUUAAGGAUUUCUUCUGGUGUUUAUUUGUAUUAUAAUGAUGAACAGAUCAGGAAAUAUGACAUUAAAAACCAAACAAACGUAGUUAUGUGUUUAUCCAAAAAUAAUACAAAGAAAAUUCCAGAAAAGAAGCCAAGAAAGUUGAUUUUCAAUCAAUCAAGGAAUUAUUUAUUGAUAGAUUAUCAAAACAGCUUCUAUUUGGUUGAUUUAGAACUUGGAACAUCGAAUCAAAAGUUAAAAAUGGAAGAUGGCAAGUCAGCAACAUUCUUAAGCCGAACAAAAUACUGUUACAUGUCUGUAUCAUUCAACCAACUCUUUAUAAGAGAAAUUGGAAAAGAUGAAGAUGCAAAAAUUGUCAGAAUUCCUUUCAACGGAAAAAUGUUUUCUGGAAUGAAUAACACGGUUUAUUUAUGUGAUAAAUCAAAGAUAAUGUUGUUCGAUCUCAAUAAAGAACAAGUAAUUGCUGAAACAGAUGUUGAAAAUUGCAGAGAUAUAAUUUUGAAUAAAGAAAACCGAAAAAUUGCGGUUUUGACAAAAGAUCAAAUUUUAAUUUCGAAAUUUGAUUUCUCAGACAAAUUUGCUGUCAACGAAGCACCAAAAAGUGGUGUAUGGUACUCAGAUAUCUUUGUUUACACUACAAAAACAUAUCUGAUGUAUGCAUUAAACAAUGGAGAAAAAGGAGUUUUGAGAAGUCUUCCGAAACAAAUUUAUUUGUUGGAUUUGUUUGAAAAAGAAGCAAUUUUCAUUCAUCCGGACUCAACAUUCGAAACAUUGGAAGUGGAUUUGAGUGAGUGCUUGUUUAGAAACUAUUUAUUGAAUAACGAUCAAAAUGAUGCAUUGAAAAUGUUGACGGUUUCUAACAAAAUUUCAAUGUCAAAUUCAAAUGCUUAUUUUGCAAUGGAAAAAGGAUUUCCGGCCGUUGCGAAAGAACUCUGUCAAGACACAAAGCAAAAGUUCGAAAUGGCAAUUGAAAGUUUUGACAUUUCAUCCGCGGAAAGAUUUUUGGAUUUGUCAGAUUUAGAACAAGUUGUUAAAUUGGCAGAAAUAUCUUUGAUUUGCGGAAGAUUCAGGGAAGCAGAGAAAUACUACUCAAAAGCAAAUAGAACUGAUAAAGUUGCUUUUAUUUAUUUGAUAUCCGGCCAAAUAUCAAAACUCAAAGAUUUGAUGGCAAAAACAGAGGAUUUGAACCUCAAAAUGCAAAUAGCUAUAUGGCUUAAUGAUGGAAAUACUCUUUCCGCUUUAUUAGAAAGUGAAUCUCCUAAAUUAUCUGAAAUUGCAAAAACCGUUAUUCCUUCAGAAAUUUCUGACAGAAAAGUUUUAGAUAAUUGGCCAACUGUUGAGCCAAAGAAAGUGAUUGUCGAAAAUACUCAAAUAAAUGAGAAAGUUUCUGAAGAAGAAGAUUUGGUUGAUGAAAGUGAUGGAUGGCAAACAGAAAACAUUGAAAUUUUGAUUCCCGAAAAUUUGACAAAAAGUGGCGAUCAAAUCGUUCCUUUACGUGGCAGAAAUAUCGAAGAAUCAUGGACAAAUAACAUGAUGUCUCCUUUAUCAUUAGUAAUGUGCGGAAAAUUCUCUGAUGCUUUGUUUGAAUUGAAGGAUUUAAUCGGCCUGAAAAAUCCAAUUCCUUUGAGAGAAAUUUUUACAGAAUUUUAUAUUUCAUGUCACAUGUCGGUCGAAAAUAUCAAGUUGCCUGUUAAGCCUGUAGAUAUAUUAUAUGUUAUUAAUAAUGAAAUAGAAGAAGGUUUCUCGUAUGUUAAAUCUGGAAAAUUCUCUGUUGCAUUGUAUUAUUUCAGAAAUUCAUUACAAAAAUUGAGUUUAUCGAUUGAUGACAUUGAAAAGACAAGUCAGAUGAUAUACUUAUGCAGAACGUAUUGCUUAGCAAUGGAAAUUGGAGUGAAAUCAAAUGAAAUCAGGAAAAAUGAUCCAAAAAGGCACUUAGAACUCUCAUUAAUGAUGAGUAUGCUUAACAUGAACACAGAACAUCAUAUUCUUGCGGCACAAACAGCACUCAAUACAUGUAUUAGAAUGAAAUGCAAUUUAUCUGCUUCAAAUCUGUUGAAAUUUUUACCAGAUGAAGUACGAAAUUCAUCGCAAUUUGAGAAGGCAAGAUCGGUUUUGAGCAAAUCAGAAUUAAAUGACUCUUUGGAUGUUGACUUCUCUCCAAAGAAAGAAAUUUGUUGUUCAUCUCUGAAAUAUAUACAAUCUACUAAGAAAGUUAUUUGUCCAUUCUGUAAGAGCACUUUUUCACAAGAUGAAAAAGGAAAUCUUUGCAGUAUUUGUCAAUUAUCUGAAAUAGGAAAGAUAUCUUUAGGAAUGAAAUGA